CGUGCAUUCGGAAAUUCUGUCAUUUGGUUCUUGAUUAGACCACCUCAGUUGGCUGAAUCUUCGUUAUUCCUUGUUUAAAUUAUUUUGUAUUUUCAUUUAUAACCAUUAGAAGUCAUAUUAGAUAUGCCUAGCAAGUGUUUUUUGUGUGUUUUCACUUAUAUUGCGCGAGGUGACAUUUGUCUUCACAGACUUCCUUCGAAUCAACUCGAAAUAGAAAAAUGGUUGCAGAGAAUUUCUUGGAACCGACCGAUGUUGGGAAAAAAAAAAUAUUUUCUUUGAGCAAAUCACUUUCCUGAAGAUUGCUUUCGACUAAUGAACCUAAGAAAGAGGCUCAUCCCAGGCAGUUUGCCUUCUCCUUCUGAAAGCAAAUUGGAAAUACCUUUGACCUACUCAGAAGGGAAUGGUAUUGAAGCACAGGACUCGACAGAAUCUGAUUCUAAAACACAAUCACCACCAAAAAAACGAUUGAGAUAUGAGACUUCACCUACUUUUAUCUCUCCUUUAAAAUGUGCAUCUUCUAGCUCUAGUGACACUAAGAACCUAAGGCUAAUCCAAGGAGGUUUGCCUUCUGAAAUUGAAUUUGAAAUACCUCUGACUUACUCAGAAGGGCAUGGAAGUAUUGAAGAACAGGACUCUACGGAAUCUCUAUAUGUUUCUAAAAUACAAUCUCCAUCAAAAAAACGAUUGAUAUUUGACACUCCGACUACCAAUGAUUCAGAAGAAACACUGACUUUAACCUCUUCUUCAAAAUGUGCAUCAUUAAGCUCUAGUGCCACUUCUUUCUCUGGGGAACGAAGAUUAUCCAAAAUGAAGUCGAGACGGUUUUUCUCAAAUCCUCGCUACAUUGGAGACUAUUCACAUCGUCAUUUGGAAAACCCUAUGCUGAGAAAGAAAUACUUUAGGUUGUCUCGAAAAAUCCUGUCCAAUUUCAAGGUCAAAAAUAAAAUAUUAGCAAAUCAAGUGAAAUGCCUUAAAUCAUCCAUGACAAAUUUACAAGAACUGAUGAAAAAUAUUCGUCGCAAUUUUCCGGUGAAAGAAGAUAUGGAUAAUGCAUUAAACUUUACUAUUUCUGGACCAACAAAGCUGAUCUUGGUUGGAGAAAUUAAUAAGGGGUCCCAAACGUCAAAAAUAUUCAGAAGUGUUGAGGACUUUUGCUCUCACACUACAUUACUAUUCUCCUCGAGUAUAUUCAUAUGUUUCAACAAAUUGGCUCUGAAAGGAAUUAAAGAUAAAGUAUCUAAAGCCAAAAUUAAUGGAAAAGACUUGGUCGGUGCUCUCUUGAUGGAUGAGAUUUCUAUCAGAAAAUUAAUAGAAUGGAAUGAGGGCAAAUUUAAAGGAAUUUCUGACUUUAAAGGAUAUAUUGGGAAGGAAAAUCAUGAAAUAGAAGAAGCCAGAGAAAUUUUAGUUUUUAUGGUAGUUUUUUUGAAUGAAGUAACUGUUUCCUAUUUCUUCACCAAUGGUGUGAGUUCUCAAGAUAAAGCCUCUAUUUUGUUGAAGUUGCUUGAGCAUAUUGAUGAAACGGGACUUAGGAUUGCAACCAUAACUUUUGAUGGCUUGCAAACUAAUUUCAAAAUGGCUGAGAUUUUAGGGGCAGACUUCUCUAAUAAGGAUUCCUUGAAACCUUGGUUAUCUUUCCCAAAAUAA